AGCGACUGCUGAUUAGGACAGGUAGUAUGCACUUUGCUGCAUACAAAUACUGGUGGUAAAAUUGUUGGUGUACUUUCAUUUUUACAGUGAAGUUGGAUUUCACACAACCCUGGUGGUGAUAGUUACUUUGCUUAUACUUUGUUUAAAGUGCAGUGGGAUUUCGUUUACCUCUCGCAAAAGGUUAUUUAAAAAAAAAAUAAUAUUCAUUAAGAAAUAACGUUUAGCCUAUUAUUGGACCUGGAGACUGAAAGAUGCAAUAACAAUGUAAUAACUAUAUUAGCAUGAUUUUUAGAAUAAAGUAAAGUAUAAAUUAAUGAUAUUUGUAACCAUAGCUCUUCGGUGACAUUUUUAACAAAUCCGUUAUCAAAUUAUCGCACAACUCAUUGUCAUCGCAACUUGCAUACACGCUUUUAAAUUAUAUUUUGAAUUUAAUUUUCUAGUUUUCGUAUAAAAGACAUCUUGUGGUGAGGAAUUUCAAAAGAUGAUGCUUAACUUUCAAAUUCGAAAUUAAUUUGAUGAAAAGUUGGUGAUAUACAUUCAAUCAUUUUUUAAAAAAAAAAAAUUUCGGGGGGGGGGGGGGGGGGGCAAGUUAAGAAAAUUUAACAAGGUAUUUGCUGAAUGUUAUAGCAGAUCACCUUCAAUGAAUUUGUUUAGCUGCUACAAACGCGUAUGGUGAACCACGCUAUCAAGUACAGAGACCAUCUCACGUGGAGUGGAAACUUUAGAUUAAGUUUUAAUUAAAAUCCACACCUUAUUCAACUGUUUUUUUCUGUUUCUUUUCCCCCCAAAGACUCAGCAAUGCAAUCAACGUUGAAAAAGGCCUCAACACUUCCGGCCCAGCUGCUCAUGACCAAGUCUGGCGUUUCUGCCCAAGAUCUCAUCAAACUGCACAAAGCCGUUGUGAAAUCUGGGGUGCUUCGGAAAAAAUCCCCAUCUAUAAUUCACAAAACUUGGCCCAGGCGGUUUGUUAUUUUACUGCACGAUUCCAUAUACAUCUACGGGGACGAGACCUCCAAGUCUCCGAAUGCUACUUUGCCGCUGCAUGGGUACAAGCAGGUCGUGCGGACAUGCACCGCUGUCCAUGAUUGGUGUUUCACACUGAUGCCAGCUCUGGACCUGGCGACCAUCAAACCUAAAACGUUCUCUUGCGUCAGCGAUCAGGAAAGAUGCGAGUGGAUGAUGGCCAUCAGAAACGAGAUAUUCUCCCUCAAUGAUUUUAGCAAGCUCGGCCCUGUGUCGGAGCAGCAGCUGAGGGCUCUGUCCGCGGGGGAUCCAGUCUUGGAGGCUGUGUACACGUCCAUAGAGGAACCCGUGCCUCAUACGAAAAUCUCGGUCUUGGGGGAUGGUUCGGAUUCGGAUGAUGAGUUCUACGACUCCAGCAGUAAUGACGGUGAUUCGGAGAGCUUCUCGUCGACGGAUAAACUGAAACAGCAAGCUCGAUACAAAGUAUCGACUAAAGCUGACAAGCCCAGUAAGCUGCCACACCUUUAUUCACCCAGGCCAUCUCCAGCCCGUCCAAAUGAUCCUCCACCCAAGCCUUCCCCAACCCCUCCAACUGAUCCUCCACCCAAGCCUUCCCCAACACCUCCAACUGACCCUCCACCCAAGCCUACACCAACUUCUCGAACCGAUCCUUCACCCAAGCCUUUACCAGCCCUUCCAACCGACCCCCCGCCAAAAUCCCCAUUGACAAACAAGCGCAAAAAGUCUGCUUCUCUUCCGCCAACCCCGGCGGAGAAUGUGCCCCCGCGGUACAGCACUUUAGUUGACGACUUCCCGAAAGAUUACGUCAAUGUUGAAGGUCUUGAUUCCGACUACGAGUACCCCAGCGAUAACCUGGCACGGUCGCUCGAGAAGCAGUGCACCGUCCUUGACGACAAAUCUGACCGGGACGAUCUGGUCCGCAUGCUGCAAGCCAAGCAGGCGAGCGGCACAUACCUGAUUCGAAAGUCCCGGCACGGCGAUGAGAAGGUGAUAGCGUACCUGACCGCCAACGGGCGGGUCGUGGAGUAUAAGAUACACACGUCCGACUCCGGGGUGAGUUUGGAUAAAGCCAAGCACUUCGGCGACGUGGAAGAGCUUCUUCUGAACUACAUGCACCAGGAGCCGCUGCCAAGGUCAAACAACUUCCUCAGAUAUGGCUUUAAUAUCGUUUAGUCGUGAGUGGUUCAUCCAAAUGAGGACGUGACGUCAUAAAACUCUAUCUGCGGAAGUUGUUGUUAUUUAUCUGGAUUAAACAGACAUGACGUCAUGUGGAGAGUCAGUGGAUGUUAAGAAACAUUAUGUUAAAUGUUCUCUCUAUGUACAUAAUUUAGAUGUCAUUUGUGUGAAGUGGAUUCAAUCCAUCCAUCUAUGUGGCGCUACAGCCCAUGGACGGCUUUGGCACGCCUCACCACAUCCUUCCACUCAGACCUAACUGAUGGUUUUUCUUUUCCAUGUUUGGAUUCCCAGCUGCCGUAGAUCUUUUCCCACAUCAGCCAACCAAGACUAGAUCUGCCUUUGAGCCGUUUUCAUCUGGGGUUCUGGUGAUGUACCCUCUUCACUCCUCUGUCAUUUGUGCAUGCUUUCCAAGUGUCCCGCCCAGCGUAGCCCGCCCUUUUUGUAUUUCUGCUACUAGCGCGUGAUCCUGAUACAGACUGUACACUCCUUGGUUGGUUCGUAUUCUCUAUCCAUAUUCAUCCUUUGCUGGUUCGUAAACUUUCGUGAGCCCUUUUCUCUCCCAUGUGUUCAACAGGUUGUAUGCCGUUUUUCUUUUGUGUUCAGAUUCCAAGUUCCACUUGAGUAUGUUACAUCUGGUCUGAUUACAGUUUUAUAUGUAGUCUUCUCUAUUUUUUUGUUUUAAUGUUUUUACUUUUGAUUAUUUUUAAACUACUUAAGUAUGUCAUGUUUCCGGCCAAUGUUCUUUCUUUUAUUUCUUCUAGUAUUUCUUUCUUUCAUCUGUAAAUAAAGGAUCCUAGGUGUUUGAAUUGCUUUACUUUUUAAAAAUUGUGCUUUCCCAUUUUAAUGGUAUCAUAUGUCUGUUAUUCUCUUAAUAAAGUAAGGGGUUUUUGUUGUUGUUUUUUUGGUUCUUAACUUCAAGCCCUGCCUGUAGUGAUGCGUCUCCUAAGUCAAUAAAAGCUUUCGAUAUGUCGUGUACUACUUUUCCCCCAAAACGCUGUCAUCAACAUAUCCAUAUAAGCGAAACAAAAAAAUACAGUGGAUUCUAGGGGUAAAUAACCCAGUGUUAAUGAUUUGCUCCAGGAGUGUGUGUAUUGGCUUGUGUUUUGGAAUGCAUCAUUUUUUUAGCGGCGUAUUUGGUGUAGAGAUUUAUUGUGUAGCUGUUGCAAAGUGAAUGUGAUGGAUGACGUUUGUGGGUAUGAGGGAUGACUUCGUUUUGUUGUUAUGGAUCAGAAGAUAGGUAUGUAGAGGUGUAGAGUGGGAGCUGAAAGACGAAGGUACGGAGAUGGUCGUUUUGUCAAUAAAGAACUCUUUUGAAGCGC